UUGGAUGUCAUGACACAAAGUGACAAGUGGAACUCAUCGGUCCGGAAGUGAAUAGUGACAAUUUCGCGCUAAAUGCAGAACGCGCGCGCCGGUUUCCUCGAAUGAUUUUAAAUGCUACGUGUGGGCAAUGAAUGAUACUGCAGCGGUUGUAGAAGAUUUUUCAAGAGAUUCUAUGCGCUUCGCUGGGUUUUGAAAACCCGGAAUAGAACCAAAGCACAAGUACAAGAGUGAAGAGCGCCUGCUGCCCGCGUGUGCAGCGCCGCUUCGUUUUUUGGGUUCGUUUUUUUGAGUCAUCGGUCUCUGUUGUUAUGCGAAUUAUUUUUUCGCUAUAUACCACAUAAAACGAGCGUCCUCCCACCCACCCCCGCAUCGUCAAACCGCGUCCGCUGUGGGACCGUUGUCGUAAAAUUCGUCGUACGUGAGAGCUUGCGGCGGCAAAGGUUUUUUUUUUUCGAAAGCAGUUUUUUGCCCCCUUUUUUCGCUGUCUAUUUAGAGAGAAGAGAACCCGAAACAACUGAGAAAAUUCAGACAUCUGAAGGGAAAAAGUGAAGGAAAAUUUACUUGGUGUGAGUGAUACGAGAAAAAAAAAAGUGGUGGAAAAACGAUUUCGGUGGUUUAUCGACCGAGAGGAAAAUAAACACAGUUUUCAAACUUCAAAGUGAUAAGACAGGAAGUAAACAGUAAACAAACGGGGUAGUAGAAUCGGUUGAUCCAUGUGCCGCGGAAAGUGAUCGACGUACGGUGUUGAAUGUGAUUCGUGAUUUGAAAAUUGGUGCCUUCUAGUAGAGAUCUGUGAUCAUUGCUGCAGACCGUUCCGCUGUGGUUCUCGAACGCUAGCCGAGAGAACCGACCUUAUUGUGACCCCAAGUGCCCGCGAAAACGGCUCCAAAAUUCUCUCCCUACAACAUCACCACCCCCAUCAUCCCCCGGCCGGCACCCUGGAGGGUAGAACGAUCGAGUACCGGCCCAGCGGCGGGUUGGACUACCACAACUCGCCGCUGAUGGCUGAAAUCCCCACCGGAGACUACAGCCACAUCCACCGUUCCAUCGACCAACUGCGGUCGAUGAACGAACGUGGUAUGCUUGGUCAGCUGAACGCUCUGACGGGCAACUCGACCGAUCUACGGUCGGCGAUCGUCCACGACUACAAACCGUACAUUAGUGAUUUGCGGCAGCAGCAAAAUAUCCAACGGAUCGAUUAUGCUGCCGUGGUGCACAAACAGGCGCUGGACGAGCAGCGCGCUGCCGCGAAUAACAACAACAAUUCGGACAACGAGCUUCGACACCCGGAGGAUCAGAAACCAGUGCACUACAGUGCGCCGUCCACCCCACCGACGCCGCUUUCCAUCACCGAGGCGCAGAUGCACGAGUCCAAGCCAUAUGGAAUAAAAACGAGCCGCAAUCGAAAGAUCUUUGCCAACAAGGGUGACCUGCAGCUUCACGGUGGCCAGUUGCACAUGCGCGAAACCAAACCGUACAAGUGCGCUCAAUGUACAAAGGCGUUUGCCAACUCGAGCUACCUGUCCCAGCACACCCGGAUACAUUUGGGCAUCAAGCCGUACCGGUGCGAAAUCUGCCAACGAAAGUUCACCCAACUGUCACACCUGCAGCAGCACAUACGAACGCACACCGGCGACAAACCGUACAAAUGUCGACAUCCGGGCUGUCCCAAGGCCUUCUCUCAGCUCUCGAACCUGCAGUCUCACUCGCGUUGCCAUCAGACCGACAAACCGUACAAAUGCAACUCCUGCUACAAGUGUUUCAGCGACGAAGCGUCCCUGCUGGAGCACAUACCAAAGCACAAGGACUCGAAGCACCUGAAGACGCACAUUUGCCAGCUUUGUGGCAAGUCAUACACCCAGGAGACCUACCUCGCCAAGCACAUGCAGAAGCACGCCGAGAAAGAGGAGAAGCGCCGAAAUCGGGGAAACAAUAGCAAUAAUAACAAUAGUAACAAUAACAACAACAAUCCUGCAGUGGCGGUUGCAACAUCAGGAAUAUCGGCAGCCGAUGCGGCCGCUGGAUUAGCGGGCCUAGCAGGAUUAGGCAUCAAUCGAAUGGGUGGUAUGGUCGGUAAUGCCGCAGCUGCAACACUAGUGGGUGUAACGGCAGCCGGUGGCGAACAUCCUUACUGGCCUAAGGUUAGUCCCGACUCGGCAGCCUCCCUAGCAGAAGCCAUGCAGCAACAACAGCAGCAGCAGUACGACUUUGCUAUCCAACAGCAGCAACAGCAGCAGCAACAACAACAACAACAACAACAACAACAACAACAGCAGCAGCAGCAGCAACAACAACAACAACAACAGCAGCAACAGCAUGGUGGCAGCAACCAAGGAGGAGGUGGUAGCAGUAAUUCCGCCAAUGACCAUCACCGUAAUUUGAAUGGUAAUUCGGCCAACGCAGACGAUGUCGGCGAAGAUCUGGUAGUGAUCCGGCAAAACCCUCAACAGCAGCAGCAACAGCAGCACGUGAACAAUCAAACCCCAACCUCAUCGGCAGCGAACGUAGCUGUGACGAGCGGUUCGUACGAUACGUCGAGCGUGACCAAACCCACCUCCAAUUCGGCAUUUACCCCGAUCAACGUGAUGCCACAGCACCUCAACACGCUGGCCGCGGCCCACCACCAUCAGCAGCUGGCAGCGGCACAGAGGCCAUCCUACCUGUACGAUGCCAUUAGUUUUCAGAAUCAGAAAACGAUCCAGCAAGCGGUGGCCGGAAAUGGCGGCGGCGGCGGCGGUGGUGGUGUUGGAAACACAUUCCCCAACCAGCUGAUUUCGUUGCACCAGAUCCGGAACUACGCGCACCAACCGUCGAGUGGGUUGAUAGCGGGUGAACAUUUGCUCAUGGGUGGGGUCGGUAAGGCAGAAAAGCAGUAGGAAGCGGCGCUAGCAUUGAUAUUGCUGAGGGAUUAGCAAGGUUUUCGUUUGGGUUUGAGCGGAAGUGAAAGGAAAUCUUUCGUUUGAGCUUUGCAGGGUCGCCCAGGAGUUUCCCGUGCAUUGCGAUCGCCUUGAUUGGGGAUCGGAAAUGUACAAGUCAUGUUUUACGCCGGUUGAAGUCGAUCUAUCUGAGGAGCAGGUCAUUUUCAAUUAAAGAUCUCACGCGUUUUUUUUUCUGGGAAGCUAUGUGCUAUCAAAUCAGCCUACCGAUCAUCCAUAUACGAUGUUGGUUCCAAACGACAACAAACCAACCUUAUGGUUGGUUGACAUUUGGAACACAUUUUUUGCGAGGUAGGUGAUGAUUGUUCCUAUUUGACAGUCACGUAACUUCCUUCACCUCCCUUAGCUCAGUCGGUAAAGGCGCAGCUAUAAAGCAAGACCAAUGCUGGAGGUUUGUUGGGUUCGAUUCCCCGGUCUGGUCUAGGCAUUUUUCGAGUUGCAGGGUGACCUGUGAACUGGAAAAAAAAAGACUCUGGAUCUUGAACAAAAUUCAGCACCCUUGGACUGGACUGGAUUUUCCGGAUGCAAGCACUUUGAAGAACUAAAUUGAUAUAAAUUCCGUAGAAAUAUUAACAAGAUUUUAGAAUUGAAUUCAAGAGAGUACAAUGUCAGAGAAAAAAUCAAGAAGAGUUUUAGGAAGAACUCUUAAAGAGUUUGUGGAGAUUCGAACCCAUUCGUAAAUGAUCGAAGACGUUUAUUACGGAAAGUAUUAAACUCUUUUAUUCUUGGCUACACGAGGUUACACGAAUGACGAAAUAAGUUUUACGAAUGAUCUUUCUUCUUUUUUAAGAUGUGAGCUCAGAGUACAAUUUUUAGGUGACGAUUGUAUAGAGGUCCAUUUCUUAUUAAUAUUCUUAAUAAGUUCUGAGUAGAGUGUUAAGAGAGUUCUUAUGAGAACUUCAAAGAAAUUCCGAGGGUAUUCAAUUCUGAGGAAAUUAAAAAGGAAGUUUCAAGUGAAUUCUGAAGAAACUUUCAGGGAAAACUGAAAAAUCGCAAGGGUUUCGAAUUUUUAGGGUAUGAUGCCAAAGGAAUUCUGGGAAGAGUUUUAUCGCUAUCCGAUGAUAGUUGCAAGGGUAUCUUGAGAUAAUUUCUAGAGGAUUCUAAGGAGAGUUUCAGGUGAUUGUAAUGGAGAGCUCUAAGAUAAUUCUUACCAGCAUUUCAAGACAAAACUCUGAGGGGAAUUACACGGACAUUUUAAUAGAAUUCCUGCGAAUUUUAAACAUGUUGUAUGUUUUAUUAUUGAAGAAAGCAGCAGUGAAUUCUUGGAUGAAUCAUAAACAAUGCAAAGUGGAUGUUAGGAUAAAUUCCGUCAUGUUUUUGGAGUCUUCUGCAUAGAAUUUCUGGAUUGUGUAAAGACAUUUUCAAGGGACCAGAGAGAAUCUCAUAUCUUAAAGGGUUUCUGAAAAGAACUCUAUGAAGGGAUAUGAUUCUAAAGGAAAUCGAUUCUAACAGAAAGGCCCCGUUAUUUAUUCCCCUCGAAGAAUGAUAGCACCCUCCGAAGGUGCGGCUCUUUAUCAGUCAAAAUUGGAUUCCUUAGCAACCAAAUUAAGCAAUGACACCGAUAAUGACCAUGCAUCAGAACCCUAGUCUUAUCCGCUUCUAGCUAAGGAACAACGAAUAGAAGAUUAGGAAUCACUUAGAUGAAGACUAACUCAUUUUUCAUUUUUCAAGAUCAUCCUGGGUCCAGGCAACCCGAGGACUUAUCACUAUUAAUAAGGCAUAACAAGUAACAAAGACUAAGAUGUGUUCCUUCGAUUACUGAAAAAUCCUGUUCCCCUAGUUUGAUGUAGUCAGGAUUAGGAAUCGGUGAUAGAUCUUACAUUCUUUAACGUACCACGAAAAGGUGUUCUACCCAAGAUACGGGGAUGCUGUCUUAGUAAUUACUCAUUUAAAGUAGUGCUUCAUUCGGCUCAAUCGCAUUCAGUUUAAUGCUUGAUUUAAAAUUUAUAUCGCAUUACCGGGAAAUUUACCAAAAUUUCAGGAAAUUGCUAAUCGGGAUUUGCUGGUCAUGAUGGAGUUGAAACAAUUUUAAACUUCCCUGGAAUAGAGUAGUAUGACUGUACUUGCCACAAAACAAUACUACACACUGAAUCCGGAUCACUGAUGUCGGUAAAAUUUUGCUGGGUUUUUUAACAGUUGAAAAUGUCGGUACAAUUUCAAAUAACCGUUGCACGUUAGGAAUCAACGAUUUUUGUUUUUAAACAUUAAAUUAUGUUUUGAAUUUUUCACUGAUUUUUAAACUUUUACCGAACUGUUCCGUAGUUAAAAAAUUACCGAAUAGCGGAGGCCUGGAUUCAUAUGUAAUGCUUACACAGUUAAUCUAGCUCCAACAGCCGAUUACCUCGGCAUUUACUUUUGCUGAUAUCUCUGCAAAAUAUCUGUUUGUUAGCUGAUAUCUCAGCAAAAUAAAUUGCAGAACUACUCGGCUGUUGGAAUCUCGGCGAAAAAAUUUAAGUGUGUAGAAUCCACUGUGAAAGUGCUCAAAAAACACUAAGUAAUAAAGCCAAAGAAGAAGAUCCUGUCCUUGGAUUUUAGAGAAGUAGGCUGUCACUAUCAUCUGAUUAGAAGAUGAUGAUAGAAAUUUUCUUUAAAAUCUCAGCCAUCUCAUGAUAUAGUACAUGACGGUUUUUUGAAAAUUUCAAUUACAAGCUCAUUCAUUAUUAACUAUAUCACGCAGAAAAAAGUUUUUUAAUUUCAAUGAUAUUAUGUAUUAAGAACAACAACAAAAAUUAUCAUUCCCCGGCUAAUAACUUUUUUUAUUGAAUUCAACAAUAAAUAUUUAUUGUU